UAAAAAGAGUGUGUGAAUCCCGUCUGCCGAAACUGAGAGAAUUACUGGAAACUGUUUUCUUCACAGAAUAUGUCCUUAUGGGCAUAAUGUAUUCGUUUUGGAAACCAUAAGAUGGAGUAGACAUUAUUCUCACACGUAUGUUCAUCUUUAAAGGAGCAAUAAUGGUGGAAUUUGUGGAAUUCUGACGGCAGAAACCUGUUUGAUUUUACGGGACGGUUAGUCACUUUUUGUGUUGUGUGGUUGAGCAAGCCAAGCGGUCAAAACAUCAGCUGCAGCCCGCCUGUGUGUGGAACAAUAUUGCGGUGAUUCAUCAGACGGUAAUCCUGGUCGUAAAUAAACCACCAUGGUGGUGUUGCCCGUGAAUAUCACAGCCGUGUAAUUAGACAUUCUGCUGGCGAAGGAGAAGGUGGAACGUCUGCCGAAUCGUCCGUAGUGAGCGUCUCAAACCGCCACCCUUAUCGUGGCCGUGGGUGUUCAGGAUUUGUGUUCGACUUUCGAAAUUCGAGUACACAAUUUGUUGUUUAUUGUUCAGAAUUCCGCCCACUGCACUAUAUUUGUGUAUUGACAUUGAAAUGUGAUUUGUUUCGACUGAAGGGACCAGGAAAUAUACCUAGAGAAGAUGUCUUCAAUAACAGCACUAGAGGAAUUUAUGUCCCAUCCACUGGUGGUGUGGGUGACGACAUUUAAAGAUGGCAGUUUGGAUUAUAUGGACCUGGUGGAUGGCAUCUUCUUGAAUGACGUCAUGAAUCAAAUUGACCCCCGACCUAAUGCACUGAAGGUCAACCGAGAGGUCAAUGGAGAGGUCAACCUGAGAAUCCAGAAUUUGGAUACCUUGCUGAAGAACAUCAAAGCCUUUUAUCUGGACAUCCUUGAUCAGCUUUUAGUGAUGAAGCUUCCCAACGUCUUGACACUGAGUAAAGAUCCAAUGAGUGAAGAUGCAAUCAAUGAGAUGCAGAAGCUUCUCUUACUGAUGCUGGGAUGCGCUGUACAGUCUAGCCAGAAGGAGGUCUUUAUUGAGAGAAUCAAGCAGCUGGAGAUUGACGUCCAACAUGCUAUUGUGGUCCACAUCCAAGAGAUAACGGACAACUCUGAGAAUGUCGUAAAUCUUCAGUUCGGGGAAUUAAUAGAGCAGGACCAGCAGGAGAGCCUGUCCAAGAAUAUGUUCAACCAUGUCAAGAGAUUAGUCAUGGAGAGGGAUGAUUACGCUGAGACCAUCAUGGAACUCAGUCAAGAGAAAGAGAUCUACCAGGCUACCAUAGAAGGGCGGAGGGUUGUCCCGUCUCCAACAAGCCCAGGAUCGGACAGGAGGCACAUCACGGUAGAGCUCGCCGAGACCAAGGCCAAGCUAAGAAGGACGAGGCAAGAGCUAGAAGAGAAGAAUGAGAUGGCGCUGGAGUAUAAAGAAGAGAUUGAUAAAUACAACGUGACGGUGCAGAAACUACGGCAAGAGAACCUUGAGUUAUCCCAAGAUGCCAGAUCAGCGAGGUCAUAUCGAGACGAGUUGGACGUGUGGAAAGAGAAAGCAUCCAAGGUGGAAAAGUAUGAGAAAGAGAUUGCCAGAUACAGAGAGAAACUGAAUGAGCUGGAGUACCUCAAGAGGAGAGUAGAGGAGUUACGAGAGGACAACCAGCUUCUCCACGAGACAAGAGGCCUCCUUGAAGACCAGCUAGAAGCCGCUCACCACAAAGUAGAGAAGGGUCGCGAGGCCGAAGGUGACUGCCUUCGUCUCCGAGCUCAGCUAGAGGCCAUGGAGGAGGAGAAAGACUUUGACCGUAAAAAGAUCCAGGAGUUGGUGGCUGAAGUCUCAAAGCUUCAGCUGGACCACAAGCAGAGCCUGGAUGAAUCAGCGUCUCUAGGAGUGGAGUUGGAAAAGGCUAAAUCAAGCCUAUCGCCACUUGGAAACUCUUUGUCAGCUGAGUGCAAUGAGUCUGCUUCCUCCCGCAUCCUGAGACUGGAACGAGAGAACCAGCGCCUUCUUCAGGAGAUUGAGACAAUGAAGGAUGCAGCCAUGCUGCAGAGCAACACCCGUAUCUUGGAGAUCGAGAAGGAAAAUAACAGACUCAGCCGCAAAGUGGAGAUGCUCCAACAGGCCAGCAACACGGACAUCCAGAACUCCCUGGAACUGGAGCAGGAGAUCAACAAGUUGAAACGAGAGAAGCAGCAACUUGAUGAGACCAUCAACACGGUGCGGGAGAACGCUGAGAGGCAGAGCAAAGAGUGGUCGAUGGAGAAGGGUCAGUUGGAGGAGACAGUGGAGAAGCUUAGAGAGAGGAACAAGAAGGAUAUCGAUCAGAGGGUCAAAGACGUCGAGAAGGAGAACAAGAAGCUAGUUGAGGAGAUGCAGGAAUCUCAGAUACAGAUAUCCAAACUGGAGUAUGAGAACAAACAGCUUGAUCGGUGUCAGGAGAAACUGAAAGAGAACUUGAUCAGAGUGGAGACUCUUGAGAAACAGAACACAGAGCUGGACUCUGAAAAGGAUAAGAUGAACCGGAACAUUCAGACCUUGACGUUAAUGUGUGAGAAGUACGAUGAGGUGGAGAAGGCCAAUUCAGCUCUUCAAAUUGAGAAGCAAAAGCUUGAGAGGUCUGUGGAAACAUUGAGAAUAAAUUGCCAGAAACUUGAGCAAGUUGAGACUGAAAAUGUCAAGAUGAAUGCUGAAACUCAAAAGAUGAAACGCUCUCUGGACACUAUGCGGAAUGCCACGUCAAGAGUAACUGAACUUGAAGGGGAGAAGGAAGAGCUGGACAGGAGAAACAGGCUCCUGCAGAAAUCCCUGGAUGCCCUCAAACCAACCCAGGACAAGGCUACCCACCUAGAGGUGGACAACCUCCGACUCGAGACUGAAAAAAGGAGACUUGAAAACAGUGUCCAACAAGUCAAAAGUAAAACAGAAAAGCUGGAAAAGGAAAACCAGGAGUUGGAGAAUGAAAUAGAGCAGCUCAAGAAGAAUCUUGAUGCGGCGAGCCUUAUUGCCAAGCGAGUCGAGGAGCUGGAGACGGAGCAGAAGGUCUCAACUACUGAGAAGUCAGGGUUGGAGAAGGAGCGGAGCCAGCUGAGCAAAGAGAAUAAGAGACUGCGGCAGUCACUGGAGUCCAGGGAGAGGUUGGUUGAUGAAGCUAAUGCUCGUGCUCAGGGACUGGAUCAAGAGAAUCGGCAGCUACAGAAGGCCAUCAACAAGAACAAGGAAGCUAGCGAGAGACUGAAGGAGUUAGAGAAGGACAACAAGGAGUACCUGAAACAUGCUACGAUAGACAAGAAGACCCUUGCAACAUUAAGAGAGGAGUUGGUGAAUGAGAAGAUCAAAGGUCAACAGCUGACUAACGACCUUGAGAAACUGGCGACUGAGCUGGAUAAGAUUGGACUGGACAAGAACAAACUCCUUCAUCAAGAGGUGCUUGAGGAUGAGACACGAUACAAACUGCUUCAGAACAAGAUGGAGGAUGCAGUGCAGAAGAACAUGCAGAUCAAAGAAGAGAGGAUUACAGCUCUGGAAACUAGAUUGAAAGACUCUGUGAGUCAGAACCAGCAGCUUACCGAGGAGUUGAAGGGAACCAAGAGAGUCUAUGAGGUUCUUCAACAACGCCAUGACGAAGAAAAAACCAUGUCUAGCCCCGGGGACUCCAAAGUCAAGAGAACGGACAGUGAUCGUCUGCAUUCCAAGCAAAUUAUGCAAAUGAAGGACCACCUUGUAGAGUUAGAGAGAACGAAUGCCACCCUCCUUGCCGAAAACAACAGUCUCAAGUCCCAGCUACAGAGUCUCCAGAACCAGGUAGAGACUCUACGCUCUGAGAACAAAGCUCUACAGGCCAAAGUAGAGUCAAUCCAUGAGAAACACAUCUUCAUGCAGUCUCAACAAGCUAAGCUUCAGGUCGAGAACAGCACGCUGCAGUCACACAACGCCUCCCUGCAGUCGCAGUACACCGUCAUGCAGAGUAAACUCACCUCCCAGGAAGCUGACUAUGACAAAGUUAAAGACCGUCUGGGAGAGCUCCUCAGUAACUAUGAGGCUCUGCUCGGCGACCACGAGACUCUGGUGCAGCUCCACGAUACAUUAUCUAGUGAGUACGAGGCCUUGACGUCGGAGCAUAAGUCACUGAAGUCCCUUCACCGUGGGAUGAAGGGCGAGAUGAAGGACUUAAGGAAUCGCUGUCAGGACGCGGACAUGAAGUCAAAGGAGUUUGACAAGAUGCAGACGUCCAUGCGGGAGGAGGAGAAGAAAAUUAAGAGGAUGCGGACGGAUAAUCUCUCCAUGGGGUCGCUACAGCUGGAGUACAACACCUUGUCUCAUGCUCAUGUUAGACUCAAUCAGGAGUACAAAGAGGGUGAUGAGGAACUGAAGAAACUGAAAUCCCAACAUAGGAACCUACAGUUAGACUACACCUCUCUACAGGGUUACUUGAAUGAGAUGAAAGAUCAAUGUACAUCAGCUGAGAUGGAGAGUGCCAAGAUGCAGCACCGCUGUGAGAUGUUGAACCAGAUAAAUGGAAAGCUAGAGGAGGAGAACCAGAAGCUGAUGGAGCAGUUGAGUCAACUCCUUGCCCAGAACUCUGAGAUGUUGGUGGAUGCUCUCGAGACUAAAGAAUAUCAUCAUGAAGAGCAACAUCAGCUAGAAGAGCAACUGCAUGGUCUCAGGCGGCAGAAAGAGAAACUAGAAGAAAAGAUCAUGGAUCAGUAUAAGAACUACUCACCGCCAAAAAGAUCCAAAGGGCUGAAUCUUAAUUUCAUGAAGAAGAUUUAUCGGCGAGGGCGGUCUUCUGAUCGAGACCGACGCAAGAAGCCUCAGGAGAUGACUCCUGAAACAACAACAGACGGCCUGAGUGGACCAGAGAAGGAUAGUCUUGGGGAGACGUCAUCAGCCGGGUCCGGAAUCGACUCAUUGGAUGGAUCAGGAGCAGGAAAAGAUGAAAGGCGUGGUAGUGAUGAUAACUACUACAUACAGCACAGGAGGAGAGACAACGCUGGCUUACCAAGUCAUUACAGGAAGUCAAUGCCUUCACAUGUACUGGAGGCACAUGAAGACUCUAACCUGCCUGGCAAAGGUGUUUACAGUAUGUCAGUUGAAGACUUGAGGAGAACAAAGACUAAUCGUAGUCACAGUAUAUCAUCAGUAGAGCCUAGGUAUACACCGAAAAAGGUCCGUCGACGAAGUAUGUAUGACUACGAUCAACCAGUCGGCUUUUCUCCCAUGGCCUACGGUCAUCGCCUUUUAUCCUCCGAAUCUGAAGAAGGAGAACUACCCCCCAUCUCGCCCACCAGCACCUCCCCUAAAGUCCAUUCCCCUAAAUUUGCCCCUCAACUCUCCCCAGUGUUCGCCCAUCAGCCUAGUGGAGAUCCACCCCAAACAGGGGACGACAACAACACAAGCUGUGAUGAAGACUCUUUGCGCGAUUCACCACGAGGCUCUCCACGAGACGGUCUACCGCCCUCGGGGAGGCCGAGACGCUCCGCCAUGCUCUCACGCAUCAAGAGUCGCUCCCGGGAGAUCCUCGACGACAUGAAGUUGUACGGCUCCACGCCCAACUUAGCCAGAGAUUUCUCAUUUUCGGAGGAGCAAGACUCUCCACGCUCAGUCGAUGCAGACAGCCCUCGGAGUGAUAAAUAUGACAGAAACGCCAAUGGAGAGGACAGUACCAGGCUACCUUUACCAGACGCCAUCCCCUCAACAUCCCCUCUCGGGAAGAAAGAAACAGAGGAUGUGAUAACCCCGAUGCGACGUGGUGCCGACCUCCACAGUCUACCGCCCUCAACGCUGGACAGAAAGCGCAGUCAGACGGGAGACGUCGAUCGCAAACGCCAGCACAGAUACAGCAUGCCCGAACCACCAAAGCUUGUAAUGUUAGCGCAAGAGUUUAACUCCACCCCUCCGCCUGUACCUGUUAAAAGCAGUAAAGCAGCCCCUCUUAGCUCUCCUAUUUAUUCAGCUAGACCUUACCCUGGGAGUAAGACGGAGCACUCCGCCGAAUCAACCCCCGUACCUCCACCAAGAUCCUUAGCAGGAAGCCAUAAAUUGGUCAAACCUAAGGCUCAGUAUCCAACCGAGGCAUCCCCGAUGCCUUCCACAACAGACAGUACCUCAAAGGACUAUUUAACCACCAGCACCCCAGAGCCAAGGUAUCGAUCAAGUAGCACACGCUCCCCGGAGGAGAAACCAAACAAACAACCCCCUACUGCAGUGGUAUCACCCAACUCCAACAGCAAUUCUAAUAAUACCUCUUUAGGCUGGGCUAUACCAUCAUUCGAUAAAGAGGAGACCAGGGAUAGAUCAGCGUCUGAGCCUGCGAAAUCUAAAUCGAAGAAUGGAUCGCCGACCAAGACUGAAGGGGAGGAGGUGGAAGAAGAGGGUCCAGAUGGAGAGACCAAAGGGGGCAAGAAGAAAUCCUCGGUGUGGUAUGAGUACGGGUGCGUUUAGGGUCAAAGGUCGUAUAUAACUGAAAGCAACUUCGAUACAUCUCAUGCAAUAAAUGUUGAACAAAUAAAUUAUUUAAAAUGUGAAAUUAUUGGUAGUUUGUAAAGUGAUCAGUGUCAGCAAGGAAGUUUUAAAACACUGCUACGUCAAAUGUUCCUUAAUACAUCAAGCCUGUGACGAACAAAAUUAGGGUGGUGUGCAAAAUAGACAGGUCCCCUUCAAAAUGUUGCAAAUUGUUGCCUGGAUUCCCAGCAGCAUGGAACAGGCAGGACCAUGAAAAUAGUUAAUGUCAGUUUCUGCAACUCAGUUUCUGUAUGGUUACCGCCAGUGGUGUAACUAGACGCCAUUGGAGGUUGUGGUGGGGGGGGGGGGGGACUGCUUUAAGGUUGUGGGUAUUCAGUGCAUCAACCUAUUCAUUUGUGCAUGUUUUGGGGGGCCAAAGUGUUGGGGCAUCUAGCCUCCCUGCCCCCCUCAGGUUAGACCCCUGGUUACCACAAUUAGUCAAAAUACAACCUUGGUACCUACAGUUAUGGUUACUGAUGUGUACAUAUGUAUACUGUAAUAUUGUUUUCACCAUAGCUGUGGUUACUGUAUGUACAUAUGUUCAUUUACUGUAGUCAUCGGUGUGUAAGGAUGCUUACUGCAACUUUGUUUGUGCGGCAUUGCUUAAAUGUAGCAAUGGUUACUCAGCUUUGGUCACUGUAAGGGCAACUACAACCAUGCUUUGUCAAGUGAAAUAUGUAAGUUGUGAUUUUGGAAUCCGUGAUGGAAACUUUUUGGUCUGUUUUAUAUGCAGACUAGAUCAAAUAAAAUUCAAUGAAUUGUUGCAAUUUCUCAUCCAAAAUUAAUUCAUUAUGCAAAAACUGAAAUCAAAUUUUGAAAUUUUCAAAUCAAUGGGUGCUUUGUUGUGAGCAAAUGAGCUGUGAUCAUCAAUAAUAUUGCUAUGUGUUAAUUAUGUAAGUCAAAUAUUGAGCUGAUGAGUGUUUUUGAUAAAGCGAUGGUGUAAGGAUUAGUUUUCACACAAGCCUUUUUCAUCCCCAAUUAUCCAAAAAUAAAUCAAAACAAAUAAAUAUGAUCAAAAAAGGUCAUCACAAAAAAAGCUGGGGUUUGAGAAGCAAAUGAAAAGAUAAAAGCGGUAAAUUUUGUAUCAUACAUUAAAACAAAAAUUGUGUUCACAAAAUAGACAUCUUUUGAAAUAUAUUCUUCAUAUGAGAAGUUGACACAAAAGUCAAGGUACAAUAAAGGCCCAAUUUCAUAGAGCUGCUUUUAAAUAUUGUGCUUAGCAAAAGUAGGCAGGAAAACAGUUACAGAUUGUUCAUGAGAAAUUUCAUUUUGGCUGUUAACCAUAUUUGGGUAAGCAUAUUUUUGUUUCGCUUAGCUACUUUUUGUGCUUAAGCAGCUCUAUGAAAUUGGGUUCUGGAUGUUGUGAUCCACUGAGCUGUGCCUGCAGGAAAUCCAGGUUAUUAUAAAUCAAACGUGGGUCGUACACUUAAGUUCCUCUCACCUAGUUGUUCCGAAAAAGCUUAACUGAUCAAUCACUCCUUAGUUGUUAAUUUAAAAGUUGCGUUACAGUUGCAAGUAAUUCUUUUUUUGUCUUUCCUGUAAAUAGUCAUUGAGUAGACUGUUUUGUUUAUUAUGUAAAAGUUUUUAAACAGCAUAAAGGUUUUAAGUCCCCUUGUUUGUGUUUUACCACUGUUGAUCAAAAUCAGAAUGCCAAAAAUUAUAUCAUUAAAAUAAAACAGAUGAAGAUCAAUAGUUCUAUUUACGCAUUUUACAUUUCCUUUAAUAGAAGACUAGCAAGACUCAAAAUAAAUCUCUAUGUAUUUCACCAAAGAUUUUCACCAGAUCUUUGAAUUUGUGUCAAGUUUGAAAUUGAAUUGUGCUCAAAGUUCUGGCACAAUCUGGGCCCAAUUUUUUUAUAAAGCUGCUUAACAACAAAACUAGCUAAAAAUUGUCUGCUAAGCUAAAAGGAGCAGGAUACCAAACACAUAUGGUAUUUGUGAAAUUGCUGUUUUGGCUAGUAACCUUAUUCUGGUAAGCGUGCUUAGCGUAUUUCUUUUUAAGCAGCUGUAUAAAAUCAGGCCCUGCUAUUUUAAUAGCUUUUAAUAUCUUGCUACUGUCUUGUCUAUACUUGUCUCUUAAUGUAAGUCAUGCACUUGCCUUUUACUUUGUUUCUUUCAACAAUUAUUUUAAAUGCAUAGAGAAAAUAUUUCACUAUUUAAGGCAAAACACUUCUGUGUGUUGAUAUUAACAUGUAAAAGUGAGAUUAUUUUUUUCAUUGCACAGUUAAUUUUCUGUUCAGAACAUGGUGGUUGUUCGAUUUUUCAUGAUCUUCUGACUAAUUUGGGUAAAAACAGUAGGGGUUACUAAAAAAAAUAUCAACCCUCUUGUUAUUGUGUAGACUUGUGGACAAGUCGUUAAAUGUCUGUUGUGGUGAUAGCGUUCUGACUCUUGUCUCUGUGCGAUUCCAAAUUUCCCCACGAUACCCGUGAAACUGUCGGUAUUCUAGCGAGCUGCUGGCUUAGGGAGAUAACUCUCUCACGACUAUGGACCCAUUUGAGUAGAAGUCAGCAACCACCAGUUCGCGCGACAACAGUAUUCGAUCACAGAGACCUGGAUCAUUACGACACCUCCACAACUCAACUAUCUCACGUGGCAGACCAUGAAUGACUUGUCCACAAGUCUUGGAAGACCAUGAAUGACUUGUCCACAAGUCUUAAUAUAACAUCUCUAUGUUUCAACAUUAAUUUUUCCUUGUAAUUUAACAAAUGGGUUAAGAUGCUAUAUCCAACAGCCACGUUGUCACCAGACACAAUAUCUUAUUUUGGUUAAAGACCUGCUUGAACGAAAAUGUCAAGUCGUGAACUUUGCUGAAUUCCAUUUAAAAUGUUUUCAAUGAAU